AUGAGCAGGGUACUCGUGCAUGGCACUGUGCCCAUCUGCCUUUCUUUCCCUGCAGGGUGCCGGCCCGGCAGGAUGGUGUUGGUGCUGGUGCUGUGGGGCUGCCUGGUGCUGGGCACAGCCGGCGGGGAGAGCCCGGCACCGGAGCCUGUGGCAGGGGGUCGGCCUUUCGUGGUGGUAUGGAACGUCCCCACCCGUCGCUGCCGGCAGCACUUUGGUGUAGAGCUGCCCCUUGGCAACUAUGGCAUUGUGGAGAACCAGGAUGGCCGCUUUGCUGGCCAGAACAUGACCAUCUUCUACAAGGACAAGUUUGGGCUGUACCCCUACCUCUCGCAGCAGGGCACACCCCACAACGGGGGCAUCCCCCAGCGGGUCCCCCUCGGCGCCCACCUCGCCAGGGUGGCUGGGGACAUCCAUGACCUCUUGCACCCCGAUUUCCAUGGCCUGGCCGUGGUGGACUGGGAGGAGUGGAGGCCCCUGUGGGCCCAGAACUGGGGGAACAAGCGGGUGUACCAGGCAGCCUCGGAGCAGUGGGUGCGGGCCCAGCACGGCCUCCUGCCGCGGCGAUGGCGGCGGCGGCUGGCCCGGCGGCAGUUUGAGCGCGCAGCACAGGCUCUGAUGGAGGAGACGCUCCUGCUGGGCCGGGCCCUGCGCCCGGGGGGGCUCUGGGGGUUCUACCGCUUCCCCGACUGCCUCAACAGCAACUGGGCCAAGGUGGCCAACUACAGCGGGCAGUGCGGUGCGGCAGCCGUGCGGCGCAAUGACCGCCUGCGCUGGCUCUGGGCCGCCUCAGCUGCUCUGUACCCCAGCAUCUACCUGCCCCCGGCGCUGCCGCCCGCCCUGCGCCAGCGCUACGUGCACCACCGCCUGCGCGAGGCCCUGCGCGUGGCUGCCGCCAGCACCAGCCGCCUCCUGCCCGUGCUCGCCUACUCCCGCCUGGCCCUCCGCCACUCGCCACGGUUCCUGGAGCCGGCUGACCUGGGGCACACCAUCGGGGAGAGCGCAGCACUGGGUUUGGCUGGGCUGGUGCUCUGGGGAGACAUGGCGUAUUCCCGCUCAGCCGAGAGCUGUGCCAGCCUGCGCCACUACAUCGUGUCCACCCUGGGUCCCUACGUGGCCAACGUGACGGCAGCAGCCUGGGAGUGCAGCUACCGGCAGUGCCACGGGCAUGGGCGCUGUGUGCGCCGCCAGCCCCAUGACCUGGGCAGCCUCCUGCUCCUUGGCCCCGGUGCCAGCCCACCGGCCUCCUUCCGCUGCCACUGCUACCGUGGAUGGGCUGGCAAGGGCUGUGACCGGCGCGUCCAGCCCGGCCCUGCCACCUCCUGCCCGGCGCUCACCCGUGUUCAUGGCCUCCCUCCCUCCGGCACCUGCCUGCUGCAGGGCACGUGGGGCUGGUGA